AAUUGACCAUGUAAUUACACUAAGAUCUAAAGUACACAUUUUACUCACUACAUUAAUUCUUAUAGUGGUUUCCAGGGUUGCAGAUGCAUUGCACUUAUUGUAUCUGGUAUCUUUUUGUGGUAAUUCUUACAAAAGAGUUUUAUAUUUUAUAUCUGGUUAUGAUAGGAAAUCUGAAAUGCACUACUGUCUCCAAAGUGUCUGUGAAGCUUUCACUUCUUUUUUUCUGUAUUGUGUUAUGUAAGCUCUUGUCUCAACCACUUCCUUUAAACAGCACUGUCAUUUACAGUCUUUCCUCAGUGGAGUAUGUUAUAUAAAAAGUGUUUAGGAAUAAAGCAUAAGCUUUUUCCAUUAUAACCAACAACACCUUUCCUUAAUAUUGGCCUUCAGUGGGUUAUUGAGGCCCAAAAACCACCACGGCCAUGUUGGAAUAUGGAGUCCUCUUUUGUCUACUGCUACCAGCUGUCAGUACUACAAAUCCCAAGUUCUUCCCCUGCAACAACAACUCAGACUCCAGUAUAGUGGACUGCUCUUGGAGGGCGCUGACCCAGAUCCCUCUGAUCAGGUCAGCCUCUGUACGCAUACUUGACCUAAGUUCUAACAGGAUCCAGUAUAUUGGGAAGGAUGCAUUCUCUGGUGUUCCAAACCUUAAGAAUCUGAGCAUUACAUGGAAUUGUCUUCCAGGUCAUUUGAAGAACCUGGGGUUGCCAUCAUGCAAGUUAGAGAUCCACAACGAUGCCUUCAUGGGUCUCAAGUACCUCAUAAACCUCCAACUGGCUGGGAACAGUCUUACCUCUCCACUCCCCAGGCUACCUGAAAGCCUACAGGUCCUUAAUCUGGAAUCUAACCAGCUGUACAACAUAAGUCAGCCCUUUGGCACACCAAAUCUCCAGCAGCUGCUGCUCACAAAGAACUGCUACUAUGCUAAUCCCUGCAACCGGUCCUUCCACAUUGAUGAGGCAGUUUUCAGGGAGCUUACUCAGCUGCGACACCUCAGUCUGGGUUUUACUAAUGUUACAUCCAUACUUCCUGGACUGCCACCCUCUUUGACUUGGCUGGACCUGAAUGAGAAUAAGAUUGCUGUUUUAGAUGGGUGGGUGUUCCCUAACCUGACCCAACUUAAGUAUCUAAACCUGGGCUGGAACUGCCAGCGCUGUGACCAUGCUGCUCAACCUUGCUUCCCCUGUGCUAACAAUGCCUCCCUUAAAAUCAGCCCCAGUGCUUUUUAUGCCCAGAACAACUCUCUCAUUUACCUCAGCCUCAGGGGGAACUCCCUCCGCAACAUCCCAAAAGGUCUCUUUGGUCCUCUGGUGAAGCUAAGAAGACUGGACCUCUCAGAUAAUCUAUUGGCCUACGCUAUACGCAAUGGGACCUUCUUCGAAGAACUGAGACACCUGACAUGGAUAAGCCUAAUCUACAACUAUGAGCCAAUGAAGACAUUUACUAACUUGAUCCUGUCUCCCAAAAUCACUCAGAUGUCUCGUUUGCAAAAUCUUCUACUCAGUGGGAAUUUUUUCCAAACUAUUUCACCGGAAACCUUGGAGCUUCUGUCCAAGUUACGUCAGCUAGAGAUCCUGGAGCUGCGGAUGAACUUCAUGCGUUCCUGUAAUCUCAGUGGCCUGGCUCAGCUACCUGCCCUGAAGAAAGUGGACCUUUCCCAGAACCAGCUGCAAUUCCUCCGACACUGUUCCAUGCCGUUGCUUCCCGGGCUCCAUGAAGUUCAUGCUACAGUGGACCUUCAGAACCAACCCAUGAUGCUACAUGACCAGAGGGCUAUUGGAGAGGAGCCCUUGGAUCCUAUGAGUCAAAUAGUUACUGUAGCCAAGCAAGGGCCAAACUCAGCCAACAUUCAGAAUAUUCUUUACACCCAAACACCAAGUUUGUGUUCCUUUAGGGAUCGUCUCUGCAAAAACAACACCUAUUUUGACAUUUCUCAAAACAACAUCCUCACACUCAACAGUCAUUUGUUUCUUGGUAUGGAGAAUGCAGUCUGUUUGGACCUCUCUUACAACUACAUAAGCCAGAGCUUAGAUGGACAUCAAUUUACCCACUUGGACAAUCUGAAUUACCUCAGCAUGGCUCACAACCGGAUAGAUCUUUACUAUAAAAGUGCCUUUCAAGAACUCAAUAACACUCUAAAGGUUUUGGACCUCAGCAACAAUGAGUUUCACUUCCUGAUGAGAGGGAUGGGUCAUCGCCUUGAGUUUAUCCAGUACCUUUACAAUCUGGAGGCACUAAGUCUGUCUGACAACAGCAUUGGGAUGCGGAUAGAUCAUACACUAUACAGCAACUCACUCAGAUACCUGUAUUUUGCUGGAAACAACCUGGGCAUCAUGUGGGACACUAGAAACAGUGACUAUAUCACCUUUUUUCAGAAGCUAACCACCCUUAUCUACCUGGACAUCUCAAGGAACCAUCUUAGGUCUCUGUCACCAGAAGUGCUUUGUAACCUGCCUGUUAGCCUCCAAGCACUGCAAGUCAGUGACAACCACUUGAAGUUUUUCCCUUGGAAUAACAUCACAGUGCUAGGCAAUCUGACUCACCUUAACCUUAGUGUAAACCGUCUCUCUGACUUGCCCAACAAAGUCAUCCUUUUUGGUGCAAAUUUUACCCUUUUAGACCUGAGUUACAACCUGAUCAGUGUUCUUCCUGAAGACUUUUUCAGCAUGGCAUUGACCUUGCGUUUUCUUUACCUUAACCACAACAACCUCAAGCUGUUAGAUCGCCAGUCUCUACCUGCCCCACUAAGGACUGGCAGUGCCCUCCAGAUCCUCACCCUGCAUGCCAACCCUUUUGACUGCUCCUGUGACACCUCUUGGUUUGCGGAUUACCUACGGGCAAGCCAGGUGGAGAUACCCCGCAUGACCACCAAUGUGAACUGCGGUUUCCCUGAAUCAAAGCAGGGGGAAAGCGUGCUGUCCAUGGAUCCCCGCUCCUGCCAGGAGAUCUAUGGCAGCCUGACCUUCCUCUGCAUGACAUUCCUAACUCUGAUGUUCACCGCCCUGCCCCUGCUUAAGCACCUCUAUGGCUGGGAUGUCUGGUACUGCUUCCAGGUGCUAUGGGCUGGACACAAAGGCUACUCCCAUCUGCCUGGGGGUAACUCACAGAGCGAGUAUGAUGCUUUUGUGGUAUUUGACACGGGAAACCAGGCGGUAAGGGACUGGAUUUACAAUGAACUGUUGGUCCAACUUGAGAACAUGGGUCGAAGAAAGUUCCGUCUUUGUCUAGAGGAGAGGGAUUGGGUACCAGGUCUGUCCUGCAUUGAGAACCUCCAUAGUGCUGUGUACCACAGCAUGAAGACCGUGUUUGUGCUGACGAGUGGCUGUGGGGGGUCUGGUGGCGGGGCAGCAAGUGUUAAUGGGGUGACUCGCCAGGCCUUCUACAUGGUCCAGCAGAGGCUGCUGGAUGAAAAGGUGGAUGUAGCAGUGCUGGUUCUGCUGGACAAAGUGUUUCCCAAGCUGAAGUACCUGCAACUGAGAAAGAGGCUCUGCAGGAAGUCUGUUCUAUCGUGGCCAAGGAACCCUAAGGCCCAGCCUCUGUUCUGGAACCGUAUAACAACAGCACUGGCCUCCGACAACAUCAGUUUCUAUGACCGCAACAUCAGCGAGAGCUUCAUAUAGGUAGAUGAAUAAUCAUGUUGAUGUACUGCAUAGCGAUUGCCUUGUGCAACCAGUGUUUAAAAUUCACUAGCAGGGUUGGUUCUAAUGAAGUUCCAGUUAAUUCAGGAAGGACACUGAAAUUCCAAAUACAACUGUUUUCUAUAAUUUGUAAAGUAAUUAAUGUGUUUAACUGGAAUUUUCUAUCUGAAUUGACUGAAAUUUUGUGGAAAACUGGUGAAAAGUGGGACAAGAGCUCCUCACAAAAUGUUCUGACAUUGACCCUAUAUUUUUUUUCAGGUUGUGUUGCAAAAUCAAGCUGAAUGUGAAUUGUUUGUACUAUUAUGGUUAUACGCUGUAUUUUCAGAAUCUGAUUAGAAUAGUUGUUUUUAUUGGGUUGAUGUAACUUUUAAAUAACUCUGAAAAAAACAUGCUUUUUUAGUUAAUAAUAAUUUUAUUAUUAACUUCAGUAUCAGUAUUAAAUAAAUUUCAGGAAUAAAACUGACAUGUUUUAUAGAAGGAACAAAGUAAUUAAUAUGUAGUCAUUUUAUACAGAGGUGAAAUACAAUAUCAACUGAAGUAUUGUCAUUCAACCAGGUUUCCCUGAUAUCUCUCAUCUGUCCUUUCUUCACCUUCAUAUUUUAAUAAACUUAUCUGAGCAACUUAGUUUUACAAUUGCAGCCACCAAACUUAUCUGUUUCAUUAUUGGGGCACAGAUGGCAAGAGCCUCAGUCCCCAUGACUGAAACUGUUUAGAGUUUCAGUAGGAACAGUGACCAAAGUUACAUCUGCAUUUAUAUCUGUGGGACAUACAUCAAUAAAUAAGGUUGAAAAUUG